AUGAGCGACGUCUGCGCGUUGGCCUCGAGUGCUGGUGGAGCCUUUCUGUUGCUUGGUUGUCGUGAUGGACUCCGUGGGUAUCACCUUGACGUGGGAAAAUCUCCACGGAAAUUGAUCCCCGCCGCCGGUGAAGCAUCAACGGUUCAAAGCUGUCGUAAAGUGGACGGCAUUCCUGGUGUUGUAGCAGUACUUGGUGAAACUCCUCUCAUUGCAUUUGUUCUGAGUUGUGGUGGGGUGACCGGUAGUUGGAGGUCUGACAAUAUGGGGGAAGGAAGAGGAGGAGAAGAGGGGAGAGUAAUGACAACACCACGCGCUCUCCAACUUUACGAUGUCUGCGCAGAUGAAGUUAUCGCCACCGCGAGCUUUGAGGCGGCUGUUGUGGGUGUGCGUAUGAACAGCGAGCUGCUAGUUGUAAUUCUAGAGGAUUGUGUGCAUGUUAUGGACCUGGCCACGCUGCGGCAUCUGGCGAAAUUAAGCACCACUAAGCCUCGCAACCCCAGUGGGUUGGUUCAACUCUCCGAACCCACGAUGGACCCGCGCGGGGAGCCCGUAACUUAUUUAGCGUAUCCGCAGUCUGACAACGGACUCGGGGAUGUGUGGGUUGCUCAGGUUUGUGGAAAGCGGUUAGGCGGCAAGGUGGAACCAAACACUGAGCCUCAUGGCGGUCGCAGCCCUUCUGUAGAGCGCGUGGCAAUCGUGCAGGCGCACCGGGGCCCAAUUGUGUGUCUCGCUAUGACGCGCGAUGGAAGCCGGCUGGCAACAGCUUCUUCCCGCGGCACAACGGUGAAGGUGUUUGAAAUACCGAGUGCACGGUUACUUUUUGUGUUCCGUCGCGGCGUGACGAAGGCGCGCAUACAUUCUCUCGCGUUUGACUCAACGGGUCGUUCAAACGGCCGCCAGCUCGCCGCUCUGAGCAGCCGCGGGACAUUGCACGUAUUUCGUUGUGGUAGCGCUGAUUGCGAUGAGUUGUCGGAGCAGCCAGCCUGUCCCGCUGCCUCAGCAGACGGUGGUGCGGAGCUGCGAAGCUUUGCGCAAGCCACCGUUACACAAAACAGCGGGCGCGGAAAUUCUUCUAACUCCUUCAGCACUACUGGUGGGUGCAUCAAACACUGCGGCUUGCAGUCGUGUUUCUUCUCUGGGGAUGGGCAAUUUGUAUGGGUUGUGGUUCCACAGUUUUUUGGAAGUUGGUGCAGUGGUGUUGAGCUGCCGGAUGAUAUUGAGGGUUCAAUGGGUUGUGGUGGCGGCGUUGCACGGGAGGAUAGGAGGGUGCGAGACGGUUUGUAUUGGGUGCUGCAGCUCUAUGCAAUCCGUACGCGUGGGUGUGAAUUGGUGAAGCGUUAUUUGCUGGGCUGA